AUGGGGACGAAGCCUCCCAUGGACUCCCAACGUGCCCUGCUCAACGAGGGAGAGGACGAUGAGAUGGAGGUCUUUGGCUACAAGACCGGGGGCUUCCGGAGGGCCCUGUGCCUGGCUGCCUACGUCCUGUCCUGCGGAGGCCUCCUGCUUCUCUUCCACUGGAAGAGCGCCAUCUGUGGCCCCAAUGCCAUCGAGAUCGAAAUCCGCCCCGUCUGGAAGCUGCUCUUCAAAGAGAUCCUGAACCCCUUCUACGUCUUCCAAGCCUUCACCCUGACCCUCUGGUACACCCAAGGCUACGUCGAGUAUUCCUCGGCCAUCGUCCUCCUCUCCGUCAUCUCCAUCGGCCUCACCGUCUACGACCUCCGGCAGCAAUCCAUCAAGCUGCACAACCUGGUGAAGGAGCACAACCAGGUGCAGGUGACCGUCUGGACAAAAGGAGAAGGCAGUUCCACCGUGGAGUCCCGUCACUUGGUCCCCGGGGACCUCCUCCUCCUGGAAGGCCAGCGGUUCUCCCUGCCCUGCGACGCCAUCCUGCUGGAGGGGAGCUGCGUGGUCAACGAGGGGCUGCUCACAGGUGAGAGCGUUCCCGUCUCCAAGACCCCCCUGCCUCACUCGGACAACACCCUGCCCUGGAAGGCGUACGGGAGGGGCGAUCAUCAGAGACACGUCCUCUUCUGUGGCACGGAGGUGAUCCAGACCAGGCGGGCAGGGCCAGGGCCGGUCCGGGCGGUUGUGCUGCAAACAGGCUUCAACACCGCCAAGGGGGACCUGGUGAGGUCCAUCCUGUACCCGAAGCCCCUGAACUUCCGGCUCUACCAGCAGGCCUUCCACUUCAUCCUGGGGCUGGCUGGGGUUGGCGUCCUGGGGAUGAUCUACGCCGUCUGUGUGUACGUGAUGCAGAAGCAACCGGCCUCGGACACAGUGGCCAUGGCGCUACUGCUGCUGACGGUGCCCGUGCCCCCCGUCAUCCCGGCGGCCCUGACCACCAGCAUCGUCUACGCCCAGCGGAGGCUGGCCAGGAAGAGGAUCUUCUGCAUCAGCCCCCAGAGGAUCAACCUCUGCGGCCAGAUCAACCUGGUCUGCUUCGACAAGACAGGCACCCUGACCGAGGACGGGCUGGACCUCUGGGGCGCCCUUCCCUGCCAAAGCCAGAGCUUCCAGAGCGUGCACAGCUUCUCGGGGGCCCCCUUGCCCUGGGGCCCCUUCUGCAGAGCCAUGGCGACGUGCCAUUCGCUUUUGCUGCUGGACGGGAAGGUCCAGGGGGACCCACUGGACCUGAAGAUGUUCCAGGGCACAAACUGGGAGAUGGAAGAGCACCGGCCGGACAAGAGCAGCGCCAGCCUCCCGGAGUCCUGCCUCCUGGUGAAACCGGGCCCCGGCGCCUCCCCGGCCCCCGUGGAAGGGAUCCUCGUCCUGCACCAGUUCCCCUUUUCCUCCUCCUUGCUGAGAAUGUCGGUCAUCACCCAGGAACUUGGGAAGAGCGGCUUGGAGCUCUGCAUGAAGGGAGCCCCCGAGACGGUGGCCGGCUUUUGUGAAGAGGCGACGGUUCCGAACAUCUUCCAAGCUGAGCUGAGACGCUUUACGGCUCAGGGCUUCCGCGUCAUCGGCCUGGCCCACAAGGAGCUCCAGCUCCCCCAAGGAGCCGCCUUCAGUGACCUGGAGAGGGAGGAGCUGGAGUCUGGCCUGACCUUCCUGGGCCUGCUGGUCAUGGAGAACCGCCUGAAGAGCGAGACCCGGCCGGUCCUGCAGGAGCUCCGCCAGGCCCGCAUCCGGAGCGUGAUGGUCACAGGCGACAACCUCCAGACGGCCAUCACUGUGGCCAAGAGCUCUGGGAUGCUUCCCAGCACCAGCCAGGUGGUCCUGGUGGAGGCCCAGGAACUGGGGGAUUCCUGCCCAGCAUCUGUGACUUGGCAGCUGGUGGAGGAGGAGGAGGAGGCGGCGCCCUUCAUCAUGGGCAAAGACCAGGAGGGCGGCAACUUCCACUUUGUCUUGAGUGGGGCGUCUUACCAGGUGCUGGCCAAGCACUUUAGCAGCCUCCUGCCCAAGGUGCUUCUGAACGGGACUGUCUUUGCCCGGAUGUCUCCUUUGCAGAAGUCCCACCUCGUGGAAGAGUUCCAGAAACUCGAUUACUAUGUGGGCAUGUGUGGGGACGGAGCCAACGACUGUGGGGCCCUGAAAAUGGCCCACGCUGGGAUCUCCCUCUCGGAGCAGGAGGCCUCCGUGGCCUCCCCCUUCACCUCCCAAAUCCCCAACAUCGAGUGUGUGCCGGCCCUGAUCAGGGAGGGCCGGGCGUCUCUGGUGGCCUCCUUUGCGGUGUUUAAGUACCUGACGCUCUACGGCUUGGUCCAGUUCAUUGCUACUGUCCUGCUUUACUGGCAACUGCAGAUCCUGGGGAAUUACCAGUUCCUGAUCCAGGACAUUGGCAUCACCCUUGUGGUUUGCCUCACAAUGAACCUGACCCAGGCCCACCCCAAGCUGGCUCCCUACCGGCCCCCCGGGCGGCUGCUCUCCCCACCACUGCUGCUCUCCGUACUCUUCAACUCGGCCCUGAGCCUCCUGCUCCAGCUCUUCGCCUUCCUCUGCGUGAAGCGGCAGGCCUGGUACUCGCAGCUGCGGGCCCACUGCGGGUGCCCUUUGGGGAACCAGACCGCCUGCCCAGGCAACGGGACGGCCAACGCCACAGCGCAGGGACACCCCGUCCUGAGCUACGAGACCACCAGUCUCUGGCCCCUGGUGACCCUCAGCUGCAUUGCCUUCGCCUUCAUCUUCUCCAAGGGGAGGCCCUUCCGGAAGCCCAUCUACACCAACUAUAUCUUCUCUGGCCUACUGUGCCUCCAACUGGGGGUUUCCCUCUUCCUCUUCUUUGCCGACCUUGAGGGGGUCUACCAGAGGAUGGAGGUG